GCGGGCGCCGCACUCGCUGAGGCCCGACGCAGGGCCGGCCGGGCCCAGGCCGAGAGCGCAGCGGCCAGCGCGGCCGCGAGCGACCCGGACCGCGACGAGCAGGCGGCGGCUGCAGGCCCUUCAGGUCAGACAUCUCCGAGGAAGUCGUUGCCUGCCCCGCUGACCCCGUGCCUUGGACUGCUGUGCUCAGCGAAGGACCCUGCGCCCGCCCCUGAGCAGCRACCAUGGGCCUGCUCGCCUACCUGAAGACCCAGUUCGUGGUGCACCUGCUCAUCGGGUUUGUCUUCGUGGUGAGCGGGCUGGUCAUCAACUUCACCCAGCUGUGCACGCUGGCACUCUGGCCCAUCAACAAGCAGCUGUACCGCCGCCUGAACUGCCGCCUGGCYUACUCACUCUGGAGCCAACUGGUCAUGCUCCUGGAGUGGUGGUCCUGCACGGAGUGCACUCUGUUCACCGACCAGGCCACGGUGGAACACUUCGGGAAAGAGCACGUGGUCAUCAUCCUCAAUCACAACUUCGAGAUCGACUUCCUCUGUGGGUGGACCAUGUGUGAACGCUUUGGUGUGCUGGGGAGCUCCAAAGUCCUCGCUAAGAAGGAGCUGCUGUACGUGCCCCUCAUUGGCUGGACGUGGUACUUCCUGGAGAUCGUGUUCUGCAAGAGGAAGUGGGAGGAGGACCGGGACACAGUCAUCGAGGGGCUGAGGCGCCUGGCUGACUACCCCGAGUACAUGUGGUUCCUCCUGUACUGUGAAGGGACGCGCUUUACGGAGACCAAGCACCGCGUCAGCAUGGAAGUGGCCGCCUCCAAGGGGCUGCCCCCCCUCAAGCACCACCUGCUGCCUCGGACCAAGGGCUUCACCACCGCGGUCCAGUGCCUGCGGGGCACAGUUGCAGCCGUCUAUGACGUGACCCUGAACUUCAGAGGAAACAAGAACCCAUCUCUGCUAGGGAUCCUCUAUGGGAAGAAGUACGAGGCGGACAUGUGUGUGAGGAGGUUCCCGGUGGAGGAGAUCCCUCAGGAUGAGAAGGGGGCAGCGCAGUGGCUCCACAGGCUGUACCAGGAGAAGGAUGCGCUGCAGGAGAUGUACAAGCAGAAGGGCGUGUUUCCCGGGGAGCAGAUCCGGCCUGCCCGGCGGCCGUGGACCCUGCUGAACUUCCUGUGCUGGGCCACCGUCCUCCUCUCCCCGCUCCUCAGCUUUGCCUUGGGCGUCUUUGCCAGUGGAUCCCCUCUCCUGAUCCUGACCUUCCUGGGGUUUGUGGGAGCAGCGUCCUUUGGAGUCCGCAGACUGAUAGGAGUGACUGAAAUAGAGAAAGGCUCCAGCUACGGAAACCAAGAGUUUAAGAAAAAGGAAUAAUUACUGGCUGUGAUUGAACGCACAUAACCCGACGUGGUAUCAAAUUAACUCAAUUAAAAACAGAACAACACCCACAGAGCGAGGGGAAAGAGACACUUAGAAACUAUUUUUCUUAUUAACUGGUGACUAAUAUUAACAAAUAAAACUUGAGCCAAGAGCAAAGCACUCAGAAGGCCUGCGGUGACGGCGUGCGCUCCCAGCUCCCACGUGCAGGACCCUCCCGAGUCCCGAAUCCCGGGCAGAAGCAGCUCCUCCCGGGAGCCCCUCAGGGCUGGCAGGAUGGAGGAGGCCCCUGGGGUGCUSCUCAGACUCCCCUCCAACAGGGGCCUGGGCUGCUCUCUCCUUAAACUUUGGUGGAGGUUUUGGUUUUUAUCAGUCAUCUCGGGAACCCACCCUGGCCCUCCUCCUUGCGCCCCAGACACUGGCUCUUAAAGAACUUUCUGCUGUCCUCCCCGUGUGGGGGCACGGCCCAGCCCCAGAGCGCACUCAUCCCACCCGCUUUGCACCUUGGCUUCUGGAUGGUGGGAGGGCUCCAGAGAGAGAGUCCCUUCUGUGAUCAGCACACACUGAAUGUAAAUCAGACUGAUUCCCAGCAGGCCCCAUGGUUGUCCUGCCUCCCCUGGGGCCGGCUGCCCCCCUCCUUAACCUGUGUGGAAAUGCCUUCCAGCUCUUUUAAAGUGAGUGGGCUCCUGGCAGCUCCAGGGAAUGCGGCAUUCUCCUGUUCCCAGAGCUGCAUUGUCCUGUCCCUGUCCUUGUCUUCAUGGCCACCAGGCUCUAGCCCCCUGGACUGGGGCUGGGCUAGAGGGUCAUGCAGGGCCCACAGAUUAAGAGCCAGCCCUGUGGGGGCCUUGGAAGGAGGCGCGUGGGGACAGCGGAUGCCACCUGUGGGCUGACUUGAUCUCACUAGCUGGCCUCUGGCUGGCCUUCCUGAUGGAGGGGGCACCCUGUGUCCCGGGGAGGGCCUGCCUCUGUCCAGGCAGAUGUCAUCUCACCAGGCCUGUGCCCACAGUGCCCCGCUCCCACCUUGGUGACGUCCCUGAGUGUCCCCACAGGACAGGGUGUUCUCACCGAGGUCCCCUGGGCCCACCGGGAAUGCUUCCUCCUGCAGCACAGUUAAUGCACGCUGGGCUUGGUGAGGGCAGCUGCUGGGUGGACAGGAGUGUGUCAGGCCCCUCCUGGCUUCCAGUGAACCCAGGCCUCCUUGGCUGCUGUCCACCCUGUCCACCACCUGCAUUGGGCUUUUGUCUUGAACCUUGAACUGGCUCUUUUAAAGUCACUCCCUUCAUCUUUUUUAGCAAGGGAGAAAAAAACGGGUGUUCUCUCUGAUACAUUGUAACCAGCAUUCUGAACACAGGCAGAAAUGGAGGAAGGGCCUGGAGGAGACUAGGGACCGAGCGAGAGUGACCGUGCCUCGGCCCUCAGUGCUGGGGGAGAUUGGGCGAGGUGGUGCCUCCUCUCUAGGGGACGCUUCUGAGCCGUGUGGUCUGUGUGGAAGGCAGAGGGGAGCCCCCGUGGGCAUGUGCGGGCUGGUGGGUGACAGGGAGUGGCACGUUCCUUGUGAGGGUGGCGGACAAACCAAGCAAGACAAGAGGAGACACUGAACCUCUUCCCUCGGCCUCACCCGUCACUCCCGGCCUCCUCCUUUGCACAGAGCCGGGUGCCCCUCUGGGUGGCCCCACCCUGAGGUUUCCUCCCGUGCUGGCUGCUCCUCUCUCUGCCCCUGGUUAGGUCUGCAUCUGCCACUAGUUCACUGUCACCUAGGAAAUCCCAAGGGAAAAGGCCAAGGGCACUACAUGCACGUCCAUGCCCCAGGAAUGCAGUCUCCCAUUCUGCCAUGAAUUAAUAGCUCUGGCUUCCCAGAGAGUCUCCCUCCCUUUGAAGUCAAUAUAUAAUAUAGAUUCCGCAUUGAGUCCAUGAGUGAACCGUGAGGGGUCCAGGCACAGGCUUUACCUCUGCCGUGGAGAGGCUGAUGACCGCAGCCCAGCGUGCACAUCUGAUACGAGCCUUCUGAGAGCAAUAAAAACUACACCGUGAAUGUUUGGGGUUUUUUGUAUUGUUUUUUGAGGGUACUGGAUUUUGCUUUCCAUUUGCUUCAGAAGGAAAGGGGAGGAGAGCCCCUUGAUUUUAAAUUAAAUGAGUCUCUGCACGGUGCUGUUCUCUCUUCCUUCAUGCUCUACUUCUGAAUCCAGUCGUUUCUGAUGUCAUGUCCAGGUUCAGGCUGUGUUGGGGCAGAAGCAGUCCGACGGCCCUCAGACAUGUACUCAUGUCCUCCGGGGCUACAGGUAGGGAGGUCCUGCCUGCUGCCCUGUGGCUCAUGGUGCUCCUCCAGAGCCCAGCACCUGGCCRGCUGAGCUCAACCUGGGACAGGGUCUCCUGGGCUGUCUGCUCCGGCCCAGGAGCAGGUGCCCUGGGGACUCCAUCCACAGCCUUCUGCUGCGGCCAGUUUGUGGAGUUGCCCCCACAAGCCAGCUGAGGCAGACUCUGAUGCCGUGGGGAGCCGGGAGGAAGCGGCCAGCUCUUGGGGCCUCUCUAGGGAGCUGUGUGAUGCCUGGCAUGUCACAGUGCCUUUGUGCAGCUACCAGUGUCUAGGGACCUUGUGCUCUUCUCCAGGGGUUUUCUACUAGUGUCCUAACAGUGGUUGUCCCCAGGGCUCAGGGAGAGAAACUGGGGACAGCUGAGUGGUCAGAAGGGAAGGCACUUCUUCAACAGGGACACUCUCUCCUCCCAACAAAGGCCUUGAGGGGGUCUGAAAAGGCUUCUCCCUGACAAGCCGCCAACCCAGAGAAGGGGGCCACCCAAGGCCCAGCUGGUGAGGUGCUGUGAAGUCCCUGUCCUCAAGGAGCAGAGCUGGUUUGAGGAAUUGAGCUCUGAAUAGAUGAACCACUGAGCAACCCAACCAGCACCAUAAAGCACUUUCUUAUAAAAAAAACCAUGCCAGUCAUUACCACCAACCAGUUCUGAAUCUGCCUGUCUGCCCCGUCCUUCCCUCUGCACCGGCUGGAGAACCCCCCCGGCCCUGGUCUGUUCGGGGUGUUGCUGAGCACUGACGCUGAAGAAAAGGCAGUGGCCGGACCCAGCUGUGUGUCACGCUCUUGUGUCAUUUAUGAGAUGUCAGGAGGCCACCGUGCCCCUGGGGACUACCAGCUAAAUCUGAUUCCGGGGGAUGAAUAAGUGGCUCUUUCUGCAUGUUGCUUUGUCUCUGCCUGAGACCUUAUAGGACAGGCCAAGUGACACCCUCCUAGCCUUGCUGACUGUCUUCUGGAUCGUGCCACCCAGGCAUACCUGCUGCUGCAGACCCCUCCCCGCUGGCCGACUGCAUGCGGUCCCUGCAUGCAUCUCUCGUGCUGAGCGGUGUGGCGUGGCGUGGCAGAUUCUGACCCUUCUACAGUGUGACGAGGCUCGGGGUUAAGACAACGAGUCUGAUGCACCCGCCUACCUUCUUUCUGUCCCUGGUCCCCGGGCCUGCCCCUUUCUCUAGUGGGCUGUCUCCCCAGCCCCAGGCAAGCCACCCCAGAGCAGCUUGGGCCUGGGGGGUGCACCACUGAUCUGGGCUUUGGCUUUAUCCCAGAACACUGCUGGGGACUGCCCGGAGGGUACUGGCCAUGGGCUCCAGAUUCUGUUGUAUCAGGGCCAGGGAUGUCACCCUGCGAUCUGCUUGCUGGAGAGGGGUGGGCGUGUAUGAGUGAGGUUUGUUACAAGCAUUGGCAGCUUCGGGGGAAAUGGCAGCACUCUCCUCACCUGCUCCGAGAGCACUCUUGCGAGCCCAGGAGGUCACCGGAGACGCUGACGUGAGUCAGCCUGGGCAGCAGCCACACGGGCUCUUCACAGAUGACGGGUUGUUGCAAAUUGCUUUGUGCUGACAAGGUCACCUGGAGCUCUCUUUUCUCCUUAAUUUUUCAGAUUAACUUUUUGUUGCAGAAGUAUUUAGACAGCAAUUGAACUGUGAAUGAGAUACUGAAAUGCACUAAAUCGUAUUAAAUUAAACUGGAGUUACUUGAUCCAAUGAAGA